CGAGGCGUCGCUUCGAACUCUUUUUCUCGUGCCAUAUGCAUAAAUGUCGUAACGGAGAACAGAAAUCAACACAAAUCAAGUCCAAAAUGACAACCUCGCUAAAAUUAACGGUGCCUAAAUUUUCGCCAUGGAAACUGCUGCUGCUGAUGGCCACAUUCUUGGAACCGGUCAUUUUUGUCGGAGGUGUUGAUUUUAUCGAUUUCGCGGAAUAUGAUAAGUUUCCGAAAAUUUUCGUCUACGAUCAGUUCGAGGAGUGCCAGCAGCUGUACAAGGCGGAUUACGCGUACUGUGUAGUGCAUGCCCGGAUACAGCCGGAUGCUCAGUCGCAGCUGUGGCAGAACAUUAGUAUUUUUUCCCGGGACCCAAGCCAUUACGAUCACUCGCUGUUAGAAUAUGGCAUUUGCAUACAGAACUGUGAGAACCGGUUACGCAGCCUGGGUCGACUUUCGGAAAACCAAACCCGUCAACACACAUCGGAACAUUACGCUGCAGUGGCCCGGGAAUGCAUCAACCUGCAGCUGAAGUCUCAAUAUCAGCUGGAAGUGGAACGGCAUGUUCAACUCUACCAUUGCUACAGUGAACAAACCGAUAAUCCACCAGUGGACGCCUUGGAGGUUCUUUUCGCCCUUUUGUUGGUGAUACUUUUUGUGGCCGUGACAAUUUCCACCUGGUACGAUAUGUCGCUCUGUUCCAGGUUGGGAUUUUCGGAGAAGCAUUUCUCGCAAGCCCCGAAGAGCAAACGGGAACGGGUGCUGGUUUCGUUUUCAUUUCCAAGAAAUUUGAAACGGUUGACCGAGUCGGUCGAUGGACAAAUUCGUCAGGACCUGCAGUUUCUGGAAGCUUUCCGAUUUUUCCAAAUGUUCCGGGUCAUCAUGCUGCACGUUUUCAUCGCCCACAGCAAAGCUCCGCAAGCAAAUACCAACUACGUCGAGUUCACCCAGCAUGUGCCAUUCAUGAUUUUCUACAUUGCCGAGUUCCAGAACUACAUCCAGACGUUCCUGUCGAUAUCCGGGAUGCUGAUGACGAUAAACUUCCUGGAACACGUAAGGAAAAAUCCCGACUACGAUGGGUCGGUAUUUUGGGACAAGCUCAAAACGCGACUCAGCCGUUUGCUGCCGGCGUAUUUUUUCGUCGUGUUUAUGGAAGCUUCCGUGGCCCGGCGCUUCAUGGUGGGACCCAUUGGACAUCACUUCGUGGGCGAGGGACAGCAAAACUGCCGCGACUGGUGGUGGGCCAAUCUGCUCUUCAUCAAUAACUAUAUCCGGACGGAUUCGCCGUGUUUGAUCCCGAUGUGGUACAUGGCCGUCGACAUACAGCUGUUCAUAUUUGGCAUGCUGGCCAUGCUGAUGAUUUGGAGGUGGCCCCGAACGAAGGUGCCAUUUUUUGUGCUCGCCUUCGCUUGCGCUGCAAUUAUCCCGACUUUCACCAGCUACUUCAAGCGUCUGGCUCCGGUAAUGGAAAGCAACAUGAAGAUCGCAAAUCGAUAUAAUCGGGCCAACGAUUAUCAGCUCAGCAUCUAUUUCCCGUUCCAUCAAAACAUUGGCGUCUACAGCUUUGGGAUGCUGGCCGGCUUCAUCUAUCAUCGGCAUCGAGAUUCGAAAAAAGAAAUUUUGCGCUCGCCCCUCUUCCGGAUCCUGUUUAUGGCUGCAACGGCUUUGUACGGUUUUUGCAUGAUCUCCGCAUAUUGGGCAGUGAUUCACAAAAACGAUCUCAACCGGAUAGCGUCGGCCGUUUAUUCGACGCUCUUCAAACAAUCGUGGGCCAUCGAAACGACGCUCAUCCAGCUGGCACUGGCACUUUGCUCGACGCACUACUGGUGGAAGAGAGCCUUCAGCCAUUCAUUCUUCGCCGUGGCCGGAAAACUUUGCUACAGUUUCUUCCUCAUCCACUUCACCGUCAUCGAGAUGAUCUACGGCCAGGCGGCAGGCCCAAUUCACUCGAACGAGCGGCUUGUGGCCAGCUUCUGUGUCGAGAUCUACAUGUGGACGAUCAUGCUGGGGCCGGCAUUGGCCCUGCUCGUUGAGCUCCCUGCCUCGGCCGCUCUCAAAGAACUGCUCGAUCGGCGGAAAGUUGGUCCGAUGGUGGUGGGCGAUAGCAAUGGUGAAGUCCAGCGAUCGCCUAGCAGCGGUCACUAACAACUAAGUAACGAGAAACGAAGAGGUGUGGCCGCAGCCGGUUCUACGACAAUUACUCACCCUUACGUUCUCAACAACAACAAACGCAGCUUUGCUUUAAUUAGAUAACAAUUACCCCUUUUAAUUU